AUGUCUGCUGACGAAACUCCAUUAAUAAGGAGAAGUAAACGACAAGAGGGUCGUAGAAUCGCCAAAGCCAAAGAAGAUGGUAGAUGCAAAUUAUGCGACAUAGACAACACGCAAGAAAUGGUUCAGUGCGACGAAUGUUUACAAUGGUACCAUUUCAAUUGCGUCAACGUGACUGCGGCCAUAGAAGAAGAAGAUUGGAGCUGCGCGCAAUGUCUAAACCAAAAGAAGGCAGAUGCAGAAUCCGUACGUUCCAAGAAGACGUCAUCAACAAAUCGCCGGCAAAUAGAAUUACAGAUCCUCGAAGAAUCUAGAGAACUAGAGAAGAAGAGAGAUGAAGAUUAUCUAAGAAAGAAAUUGGAUUUGCUCGUAAAUGGAAGUCAAAAAAGUGCGUGCUCCGAAUCGUAUAAAGAUCCGAAAGAUGUCGAGAAUUGGAUUCGAAACCAGAACGAUGUACAACACCAAGCACUUGCAGUGAAUACAAUGAAAAGUGCACAAAUAACAACACAAAUAAAUCAACAUCUGGGCAUCCAUAUUCCUGCCACCACCAUGCCACACAACCCUGGCCCAUCAACAUCACUUCAUCAUGCAAAUCCAAGAAAUCUACAGCAAGAGUCUGCACAACCCGAUAAUGUUCAAUUGGCAAACAGACAUUCAAUGUCAAGGGAUUUACCGAAUUUCUAUGGCAGCCCUGAAGAGUGGCCACUUUUCAUCAGUACUUACGAUCGAAGUACACGGCUCUGUGGUUUUAGUAAUGAAGAAAACCUCUUGAGACUGCAAAAAUGUUUAAAAGGACAGGUCCUUGAAACAAUGCGCGGCAGAUUGAUGUUGCCAUCUAAUGUUCCUAACAUCAUACAAACAAUGCGAAUCAUGUACGGCCGUCCAAAAGUCAUAAUAAAGUCGCUUUUGCAGAAGAUCCAAACUCAGCCAAGAAUCCAAAUCGAGAAAGUCGAGACUAUUAUAUCGUAUUCCUUGGCUGUACAAAAUCUGAUUUCGACAAUAGAAGCCUGUGACCUCCAGGAGUAUUUGCACAAUGCAGAGCUCCUGGACGAUCUUGUGAGCAAACUGCCGACACAGCUGAUGUUAGAUUGGGCGAAAGCAAUUGAAGGAAUGACAUCAUACAACCUAUUGGACUUCGACGAAUGGCUCUUCAGGUUAAUAGAUAACAUAUGUAAAGUAAGUCCUGCUAUAUCAUUCAAUCAAGAUUCGAGAACACCUAUGCGCAAGAAAGAAAAAGCCCACAUCAAUACACACUCCGAAGAAGAUGUAAAGACACCAAUGUCCGACAAGAGACGCUGUACAAUUUGCUCUCAGGAUUGUUGCGGAGUUCACCUAUGCAAGAGAUUUAAGAAUAUGAGCCUUAACGACAAAUGGAAUGCUAUAAAACAAAACAGACUUUGCCGUACAUGCCUGAAAUCUCAUCCGCAAUCUCGUUGCAGACUGAAUACUUUGUGUGGUGUGAAGGGUUGCAUUUAUAGACAUCAUCCUUUGUUACACAAGAACACGAGUGACACAGUGGUUACAGGAACAUCAACAAUUGAAGUGCAAACGACAGAAACAAGCCAAGCUACCUCUACAGAUGACGCAAAUUUCAACUGUAACACGCACAGAUCAACUCAUAAUAUAAAAUACCGCGUUGUUCCUGUUGUUCUUCAUGCUGAACAGAAGCACAUUGCGACAUUUGCCUUUCUGGACGACGGAUCGUCACUUACUAUGAUGGAGGACUCCUUGGCAAAAGAAUUGGAUCUCAAAGGCAUCAAUCAACCGCUCUUUUUAAAGUGGACAGGCAACACCCACCGAAACGAAAAUGAAUCAAGAAUAGUAUCCGUCGAAGUUUCUGGAAGGGAACACACCGAUAAAAGAUUUAAAAUUCCAAUCAUCAGAACUGUGAAAUCUCUUAAUUUGCCACAACAAUCCUUGGAUGUCGAAGAACUCAGAGCUAAGUACCCUUAUCUGCGCGGGUACCCAAUUCAAUCCUACGAGAAGGCUGUUCCACGCUUGUUGAUCGGUCUAGAUAAUUUGAAGCUAGCAAUUCCUCUGAAGGUGGUAGAAGGCGGCGAAGGAGAUCCAGUUGCAACAAAGACAAGACUUGGUUGGGUAGCAUAUGGACCAUCAUCAGUAACAGACAAUAACACAGGUGAGUCCUUUCAUUCUUACUAUCAUGAGUGUGAAUGCGCAACUGCCAAGCUGAGUGACGCCGACUACACCCUUCAUAACAUGAUGAAAGAUUACUUUUCUCUGGAUAGUCUUGGGGUUGGGGAACCAAAGGGGCUGUUAAGGUCGCAAGAUGACGAACGCGCCUGCAAGAUGCUUGAAAGUCUUACGAUCAGAAUCGGUUGUCGAUUCACAACAGGCCUUUUAUGGAAGUAUGAAAACAUUAAACUCCCAGAGAGCUUCCAAAUGGCUCUAAAACGACACCACUGCUUUGCACAAAAAUUGAAACGCAACCCAGACUUGGGCAAUAAAAUAAAAAAUCAGAUCAAAGAAUAUGAAAAUAAAAGAUACAUAAGAAAAUUGUCUAAAAACGAACUUGAACAUCAAUUUCCUCGAACUUGGUACCUUCCAAUAUUUGUUGUUACAAAUCAAAAUAAACCGGGCAAGACUCGAAUAGUCUGGGAUGCUGCUGCCGAAGUCAAUGGCGUGUCACUCAACUCUGUACUGUUAAAAGGACCUGAUCAACUUGUUUGCCUACUCUCAGUCCUAUAUCGUUUUCGAGAGAGGCGCGUCGCCAUAUGUGCGGACAUUCGAGAAAUGUUCCACCAGAUUGAAAUGCGAGCAGACGAUCAGCACGCCCAACGAUUUCUCUGGAGCAAUGACUUACAUGCCACUCCAGAUGUUUAUGUGAUGCAGGUACUGACGUUUGGGGCCACUUGCUCUCCCAGUUGUGCGCAGUUUGUUAAGAAUAAAAAUGCUCUCGAAUUUUCCGAACAGUAUCCAAGAGCAGUCGAUUCCAUCCUUCACAGCCAUUAUGUUGACGAUCUUCUUGAUAGCGUAGACUCAGAAGAAGAAGCCAUCAAGCUGGGUAAAGAAGUCAAAUACAUACAUCAAAACGGUGGUUUUGAAAUUCGAAAUUGGAUCUCAAAUUCACCGAAGGUCAUGGAGGCUCUGGGAGAGCAACCGCCAGCAUCCAGAAGAAGCCUGGACAUCAACCCUGAGAGUACCUCCGAAAAGGUUUUAGGCAUGUGGUGGUGUAUUCAAACAGAUACAUUUACAUUCUCAGUUUCAAAGAAGGCGUCAAUGAUAGAGCUUCUGUCAGUAGACUUCGAACCGACAAAGCGGCAAAUACUUCGCGUCCUAAUGAGCAUUUUUGAUCCCUUAGGCCUGAUUGGUAAUUCAUUAAUUUAUAUCAAAAUUCUAAUGCAAGAGAUCUGGCGUUCCAAACUGAGCUGGGAUGAGAAAAUUGAAGGGAAACUAUGCGAGAAGUGGCGCGUUUGGGUCAAUCACUUAAAAAACAUUGACCGAAUACAUAUUCCCAGAUGCUAUUUAAAGCAAAUCAUGUAUGGUGAGCACGACACAUGCCAACUACAUAUUUUUGUUGACGCUAGCAUCAAUGCAUUUGCCGCUGUAGCCUUCAUCCGAGUAACAAAAGGUAACCUAAUUGAAUGCAGAAUAAUUUCAUCAAAAACUCGGGUUGCGCCUCUUCGAUUAACUUCCAUACCAAGGCUAGAACUCGACGCCGCAAGGCUCGGUGUACGAUUAGCGAACAGCAUCAAGCAGUAUCACGCCAUCAAGUUUUCAGAAGAGUUUUACUGGUCGGACUCCAAAACAGUUCUCUCGUGGAUUCAGUCUGAUCAUCGCAAUUAUAAGCAAUACGUCGGAUUCAGAGUCAGCGAGAUACUGGAAACAACCGAAACUCAUCUGUGGCGCUAUAUACCUUCAAAAGACAACGUAGCAGACGACGCCACGAAAUGGGAAAAAAUACCCGACUUUGAUAUGAAUUCGCGAUGGUUUGUAGGCCCACCAUUUCUGAUGCAAGACGAAAACAAAUGGCCACUCAAUUUGUCAAAUCUUCAAGAAACUGCGGAAGAACUGAAAGCAUCAAUUUUGUUCCAUCAUACUGUACACAAUCAAGCACUAAUAGACUCCAAACGUUUUUCAAAUUGGCAAAAAUUAGUAAGAACUCAAGCAUACAUUUCCCGAUUUAUAUAUAAUACCAGAGCUAUCAAGAAGAAAGUUCCUAAACGAGAUCAAAAGUACAUCACACAUGGAGAAUAUGUGGAAUCAGAAAGAUCACUCUAUCUUCAAGCCCAGCUGGAUUCGUUUCGUGAUGAGAUAAGUAUUCUAAAAAACAACCUUGAUCUUCCGUUAGCCCAGCAUAAAUCUUUGGACAAAUCCAGCUUUAUUCGGAAGAUGUCUCCGUUCAUAGAUCAAGAUGGACUCCUACGACUUCGUGGUAGAAUUGAUGCAGUGUCUGGAGUCUCUUAUGAUGCAAAAAAUCCAAUAAUCCUCCCUAAAGACUCAUACAUCACGUUCCUGAUUAUCAAGUCAUUUCACGAGACAUAUCAUCAUCACAACAACGAAACCGUAGUCAAUGAGAUCCGACAAAAAUUUUCCAUUGCGAACAUUAGAACAGCUGUAAAACAGGUACGUAAAAAAUGUCAAUUAUGCAAAAAUUUAAGUGCUUCACCGAAACCACCGGAAAUGGGAGUCCUACCAGAAGCCAGGCUUGCACCGUUCACCAGACCAUUCACCUUCAUUGGCAUCGAUUAUUUCGGCCCGAUGUACACCACUGUUGGUCGACAUACUGAAAAGCGAUGGGGUGUAUUGAUAACUUGCAUGACCACCCGUGCAGUUCAUUUGGAAAUUGCCCAUAGCCUUACAUCUGACUCCUGUAUACUAGCGAUUAAACGGUUCAUUGCUCGUAGAGGUGUUCCCAAAGAAAUCCGAUGUGAUAAUGGAACAAACUUCCAUGGAGCUGAAAAGGAACUAAAAGAAACCUAUAAUGAAUUACAAUCCGACAUGGCCAAAAAGUUCUCAACCUCCCAAACGCAAUGGAUAUACAAUCCCCCAGCAUCCCCCCAUAUGGGUGGCAGUUGGGAGCGCCUAGUCCGCUCCAUAAAAAAGACCUUAUAUCAAAUCAUGCCAAGUCGUAACCCAACUGACGAAUUGCUGCACAGCAUGCUACUGGAGGUCGAACGUGUAGUUAAUUCCCGCCCCUUAACUUAUAUUGCACUCGAAGAUGCGAAUGAUGAAGUCCUAACGCCGAAUCAUUUUUUGUUAGGCUCAUCCAACGGUGAAAAGACAGAUAGUAUUCCUACCAACGACAAUACGCUCUUACGAAGAAACUGGAUGAAAGCCCAGCAAUACGCGAAUCUAUUUUGGAGAAAGUGGCUACAUGAAUAUCUGCCGACACUAACUCGACGAUCAAAGUGGUUUACACCGACGAAGCCUAUUGCUGUUGGAGAUAUAGUCAUAGUAACAGACGAAUCAAACCCCCGCAACUUAUGGCCAAAGGGACGGGUUAUAGAUGUCAAGCCCGGAAAAGACGGACAAGUUCGGAGAGCAACGGUACAAACUGUUUCAGGGAUAUAUGAACGACCGGCUGUGAAACUGGCAGUCCUCGAUGUUUUUCGGGAUAUACCGACCUGA